AUGUCGCUGACCAACACAAAGACGGGUUUUUCUGUCAAGGAUAUCUUAGACCUGCCUGACACCAACGAUGAGGACGGAUCGGUGGCGGAGGGGGCAGAGGAAGAGAGCGAGGGGUCGGAGCCUACCAAGAGAACCGGGGUGCUGGGAUCGAGCGCCCUGGAAGCAGUACAGACCUUGCCCCUGAAAAAUCCUUUCUACGACAACAGCGACAACCCCUAUACCCGAUGGCUAGCCAGUACCGAGAGCAUCCAGUAUUCCUUGCAUGGGCUGGCUGCUGGGGCGCCCCCGCAGGACUCCAGCGCUAAAUCCCCGGAGCCCUCGGCCGACGAGUCUCCGGACAACGACAAGGAGACCCCGGGCGGCGGGGGGGAAGCGGGCAAAAAGCGGAAGAGGAGGGUGCUCUUCUCCAAGGCACAGACCUACGAGCUUGAGCGGCGCUUUCGGCAGCAGCGCUACCUGUCGGCUCCUGAGCGCGAACACCUGGCCAGCCUCAUCCGCCUGACUCCCACUCAGGUGAAAAUUUGGUUCCAGAACCAUCGCUACAAGAUGAAACGGGCUCGGGCCGAGAAAGGUAUGGAGGUGACCCCCCUGCCCUCCCCACGCCGGGUGGCCGUGCCCGUCUUAGUCAGGGACGGCAAACCCUGCCACACGCUCAAAGCUCAGGACUUGGCCGCAGCCACCUUCCAGGCCGGCAUCCCCUUCUCCGCCUACAGCGCCCAGUCACUACAGCAUAUGCAAUAUAACGCCCAGUACAGCUCUGCCAGCACCCCCCAGUACCCGACAGCGCACCAUUUGGUGCAAGCUCAGCAGUGGACUUGGUGA